UCUAAGGCUGAAUUUAUCCAGAAGUAAGCUGUAUUUUCGUUUUCGUGCCGAAAGCCACGCGAUGAAAUAUUAUCAGCUUGUUCUGCCGUCUUGUUCUGUUUUUUCUCUUGGUCUUUUUUGUAGCCCGCCGAGGCCAGUCUUUCGUCUAAAUCAGUUGGAAAAAGUUCGAAAAAGAUGUUCCCAUUCAAGUUUAAGCUCUCAGGCGAUAAUUCUGAUCCAAGAAAACCACAUUUGUAUGGCGGUGCCCAACGACGGAAGUUGUGGCUUUCAAGAGAUACGUGGAAGUUUGCCAUUUCAGAUGCCAUGCACAAUCAGUCCUCGUCAUCGACAUCCAUUGACAAUUCAUCCUCAAGCAGACCCACUUCUCCGAUAAACCCCACCACCUCGCCUUUUACCCCAACGCCCACCAUCACUACCCCAUCUAGUACCAUUACCACUCCUGCCAACACCAUCAUUACUGCAUCUAGUACCCGCACAAUCCCGCCUGCCUCCGGCAUAACCACACCUGGCAACCCCACUUCCUCACCUAACACCAUCAUUACCCCAUUUAAUACCAUAAAUACCUGGCCUACCACCCAUACCCCAUCGACUACCCUCAGUUCCCCUCCUACUACCAGCAUAACCUCACCCAGCAAACCCAUUGCCACACCUAGCACCAUCAUUACACCAUCUUCCACCUUCAUUACCCCAUCUAGUACCCAUACUUUCCCUCCGGCCGCUAUCGUUACGUCGCCUACUUCUCUGGUUGCUACAGUUACCACAAGUUUGUCCACCUCGUCCUCUCUUUUGGCUGCACCAUCACUUCCCAGCUCAUCCACACUACCUGCUGCCUGCUCCGCUGGUCGUUCUUUGUUAAGUAUCUCAUCUUCAACAUUUGGAACCAUUAUUUCUAAAGGUGAGUGAGAUGGUGCAACUAAUCCGA